AUGCUCGAUCUGCCGCCAACAACAUCGCCCUUGACGGGGAAGCCCGUUCCUGCCGAUUUCAUACAUGCAUCCACCUUGCAUUUCCAGGACAAUGCCGGUCGCACGCUUCUUUUGCGAGGUGUUAACUUGAGCGGAUCGACCAAGUGUCCGAAGGGCCAUCCUCAACAGCUCGGGGAUGAUCUAUGGGAUUCUGCAGAGGGCGGGGCUGACCUGAGCUGGGUUGGCAUGCCAUUGAAUCUGGAGGAUGGUAGCGCUGAUAUUCAUCUGGGUCGACUGCGCGCGUGGGGUUGGAACGCUUUGCGUUUCGUGUUCACAUGGGAGUCCAUCGAACAUGCGGGACCUAAGCAAUACGACUACGAAUACAUCGAUUACAUAGUCAAAGUCCUCCUUCGUUGCGGCGACUAUGGCUUUCGAGUAUUCAUGGACCCGCAUCAGGACGUGUGGUCUCGGUUCUCGGGCGGAUCUGGCGCACCCAUUUGGACUUUACAUGCUUGCAACCUACAACCUCGAAACUUUCCUAAAACGUAUUCAGCUCUACUUCAACCUUUCUAUGUCGAUCCGAGAGCCGAAGAAACGGAAACGACCUCGCCCACCCAAUUUCCAGCCAUGAUAUGGUCCACCAAUUACGACCGUCUUGCAAACUUGACCAUGUGGACGUUGUUUUUCGCUGGACGUGAUUAUGCCCCCAAAUGUCAGAUUGACGGCAUGAACAUUCAAGACUGGUUGCUCUCGCACUUCCUCGGCGCUGUAGGUGCUCUGGCUUCUGCUAUCGCCCAAGCGGACAACGGAAGUCUGAUGGAACGGGUGGUGAUCGGCUGGGAUAGCAUCAAUGAGCCAGCCGAGGGAUUGGUCGGCCGGAGUGACCUCUCCAAUGUCGAUCAUUCACAAGGCAAGAUGCAUAAGGGGCCCACAACAUCUGUGCUCCAAGAAUUCAAACUGGGAAUGGGAAUGAGCAUCACGGACGCCGAAUAUUGGAUCGUUGGCGCUCUAGGCCCAAGUCAAAAGGGUACGGUCGAUCUCAAUCCUCAAGGGGUCAAAGCCUGGAUGGAUAAAGCCGAAGAUGAUAAAUGGCAACAACGUUGGGGGUACAAGCGGGGUGAUUCAUGGUCGGCCGGUCGAUGCAUCUGGGCGCAACAUGGUGUAUGGGAUCUAGAAAGCGAGAUGAUCAGCAAGCCAGAUUACUUUUCUCGAAACCCAAGCAAGCAGGGCAAAGUCGACUUCGAGGCGGAUUACUGGUUGCCUCAUUUUACCGCUUACAUCGAACGAGUGAGGAGCCACCAUCCCGAAGCUAUCGCCUUCGUGCAGCCUCCCGUGUUUCACGAGCCGCCGCGCAUCCCCUCCGCUCAACUGGGACAUCGAGCCUGUUAUGCGCCGCAUUUCUAUGACGGCCUGACGUUGAUAACCCGGCACUGGUGGUGGUUCAACGCAGAACCCGUUGGUCUGCUCCGAGGCAAAUAUCCGACCCUGGCACAGGCUCUCAGCCUUGGAGAAGGACGUGUCAGGAAUAGCAUGGCUUGCAGCCUGAGGAUCCUCAAGGACGACGUCAAACUCUUCGGACCCGGAAACGAGAUGCCCAGCUUGGUAGGGGAGAUCGGGAUCCCUUUCGAUCUGGAUGACCGCAAGGCGUAUGGUUAUUGCGAAGGAGGUAUCGGGCAAGGCGAUUACACCAACCAACAAAGAGCACUUGACGCUUCGCUUUCAGCGACAGACAAUGACAACAUGCUGAACUGGACGCUUUGGACUUAUUGUCCAGACAACACGCAUGAAUUCGGCGAUCAAUGGAACAUGGAGGACCUCUCGGUCUGGAGCGCGGAUGACGUCGUUUCUGAGCGUUACGCGGGAGCAUCUGCGAAGACGGAGUCGAGUUCGGGAUCGACUUCGGCCGCAUCAUCUACCGCUCUUCUAGCUACGGCAACCGAAAGCCAAAACUCGGCCGGCAAGCCCGCUUCCAAACACGUUGAACCGUCGACGUUGUCUGCGCCCGCUGUCGUAGCCCUUUAUGACAGGCUGCGGGAUCGUGUAUCGCCCGAGGCUAUCCGCAGUGGGAGCAGGAUACCCCCUGAGCUACUUUUGAACGGUGCUCGUGCGAUCGGCGCAUUUUGCCGGCCGUACCCAACGGCAAUGGUGGGCACACCCCUUAAGAUGGCAUUCGAUAUUCGGACCAGUCGGUUCGAGAUGGAAAUCGAAGUCGAUGCGCGUACGCCCACGAAUACUUCAACUUACACCGAGCUCUAUGUGCCAUUCGUGCAUUAUGCUCUUGAUUCUGAUGCCAUGUCUGUUGACGCUGCCGGCACACGCGGUGCCGAUGGCCCGGUCCAGGCGAAGGUGCAGCAUGACGCCAAGGAUGGCUGGUCGCAACAGAGCUCGGCGAGUCAAGAGCUCGAUAUCUCGGUCAAGAUUAACGAGGGUCGUUACGAAAUACACGGGCAAUACCUGAGGUGGUUCUAUGAGCCCCCUAGUGCAGGAGCCAAGGUGAUGCGGUUGAGCUUGCGGCGGAAGAAUGGGCCUAUUGCCGCUCGAAUGGAACAGAGCAUUCCCAGCUGGGGCGAUCUUUGCCCGGUUGGAAAGGAAUCGUGUAGCAUCAUGUAA